AUGAUGUCAUGAAUGCCGUUGUGCGGAUUGUUGCUGCGGCAGUUACGAUUGUUGUGGUGGCGAUCCCAGAAGGUUUGCCUUUGGCUGUGACUCUAACUUUGGCUUAUUCAAUGAAGAGGAUGAUGGUUGAGAAUUCCAUGGUUCGGAAACUCUCUGCUUGCGAGACAAUGGGUUCGGCCACCACUAUCUGCACAGACAAAACCGGCACACUUACAUUAAACCAGAUGAAGGUAACAGAAUUUUGGCUUGGAAAAGAGGUAAUGACAGACAAAGCAUCAUUAAAAAUAGCCCCUAAUGUUCUUGAAAUGCUACAUGAAGGUGUCGGUUUAAAUACAACUGGCGAAGUCUAUAGACAGUUAUCCACAUCAAUACCUGAAAUUUCUGGAAGCCCUACUGAGUCAGCAAUCCUCUCCUGGGUCGUGUUUGAUUUGGCUAUGGAUAUUGAUGAGCUGAAGCAAGGUCAUAAAAUUCUUCAAGUAGAAGCUUUCAACUCAGAGAAGAAACGAAGUGGGGUUUUGACGAGGAUGGAUGGAAAAAAAAUUCACGCGCAUUGGAAAGGGGCUGCGGAGAUGAUUCUGUCAAUGUGCUCAAAUUAUUACACCAAAAAUGGGAAUAUUAUACCCAUGAAUGAUGAAGAAAGAACACAGUUUGAAAUGAUUAUUAAAGAUAUGGCAGCUAAAAGCUUGCGAUGCAUCGCCUUUGGUUACAAAGAAGUUACAGAUGAAAGUGUAGAGGUCAGCAGAAAGAUUGAAGAAACUGGACUUACCUUGUUAGGGCUUGUUGGUUUAAAGGACCCUAGUCGACCAGGUGUCAGGGCAGCAGUACAAGCUUGCAGAGAUGCCGGAGUUGAUGUUAAAAUGAUUACGGGAGACAACAUCUUCACUGCAAAAGCUAUAGCAAUCGAAUCUGGGAUUGUCAAACCCAAUGAGGAUUUGAACAAUGCAGUGGUCGAAGGAGUGACAUUCAGAAAUUACUCGGACGAAGAGAGAAUGGAAAAGAUAAACACAAUCCGCGUAAUGGCUAGAUCAUCCCCGUUUGACAAGCUUCUGAUGGUAAAGUGCUUGAAGCGGAAAGGACAUGUGGUAGCGGUCACAGGGGAUGGAACAAACGAUGCACCUGCACUGAAAGAAGCAGAUAUCGGACUUUCAAUGGGAAUUCAAGGCACAGAAGUGGCAAAAGAGAGCUCGGAUAUAGUCAUCUUAGACGACAAUUUUACCUCGGUGGUGACAGUUUUGAAGUGGGGUCGGUGCGUAUACAACAACAUUCAAAAGUUCAUCCAAUUUCAACUCACUGUCAACGUGGCUGCCCUUGUCAUCAACUUCGUCGCAGCAAUAUCGUCUGGUGAAGUUCUGCUAACAGCAGUCCAGCUACUGUGGGUGAACCUCAUAAUGGAUACUUUGGGGGCAUUAGCACUGGCCACUGAGCAACCAACUAAUGAUCUAAUGACAAAGCAACCUGUGGGUCGAACUGAACCGCUUAUAACAAAGAUCAUGUGGAGGAACCUCAUUGCUCAGGCCUUGUAUCAAAUAACUGUUUUGCUGAUCCUAGAGUUCAAGGGAAGCACAAUCUUUGGCGUGAACAAGAACGUCAAGGACACACUCGUGUUCAAUAGUUUCGUCCUGUGCCAAGUUUUUAACGAGUUCAAUGCAAGGAAGAUGGAGGAGAAGAAUAUAUUUAAGGGGAUAGUUAAGAACAAACUUUUUCUAGGCAUUAUUGGGAUGACAGUAGUCCUUCAAGUGGUCAUGGUGGAGUUUCUAAAGAAAUUUGCCGAUACUGAGAGGCUGAAUUGGGGGCAAUGGGUCGCGUGCAUUGUGAUUGCUGCAAUGUCUUGGCCAAUAGGUUGGCUUGUCAAGUUCAUUCCAGUUUCAAGUAAACAGUUUCUCAGCCUUCCCACACAAUAGAUCUUCUGUGACAUAAAACAAAUCAGGUAUCAUAUUAGAGGUUUGCAAACCUUCAGUUCUUGUAAAUAUUGAUAAACUACAAGGGCCCAUAGCUUUGGGUCUUAAAUAAAAG